AUGGAUAGCUUAGUUGCUCCAGUUACAACCCAAAAUGGCCGUACAAAAUCUCCCAGAGGAGGCUGGAAUGCAGCCAUAUUCAUAAUAUUUGUGGAGAUGGCUGAGAGAUUUGCUUUCUAUGGCUUGGCUGGUAAUCUGAUCACAUAUCUAACAAAUAAUCUUGGGCAGCCAAUAGCCACAGCAGUCGAAAAUGUCAAUACUUGGGGUAUGGUUUUGUUGAGUUUAUCAGUCUCGGUAAUUCCUACGCAUUCCAGGGAAGCUGUGUUUUUCACAGCACUUUAUGUAUUGGCCAUAGGCGAAGGAGGGCACAAACCCUGCGUUCAAGCCUUUGCUGCAGAUCAAUUCGAUGAGAACAAUCCUGAAGAGAAGGCUGCCAAAAGUUCAUUCUUUAACUGGUGGUACCUAGGGAUAGUUACUGGGUCUUCUCUGGCAAUAGUUGCUGUUGUUUAUCUGCAGGAUAAUGUUAGCUGGACAGCAGGAUUUGGAGUGCUAGCAGGGUCAUUGGCAGUGGCAUUUGCAUUGUUUUUGAUUGGAAUCAAGAGGUACAGAAAGCAGAGUCCUGCAGGGAGCCCAUUCACUAGGGUGGCUCAGGUCUUAUUUGCAGCGGCAAAGAAGUGGCGCGUGAGUGAGACGCACGGUGGCAGGGGCAUUUGUUUGGAUGAUCAGAGUAGUGACUGCUAUGCUUGUGGUCAAACUAGGGGCCGCACCUUGGCUCGUACAAAGCAAUUCAGAUUUUUGGAUAAAGCCAUGAUCAUUGACAAUGUUGAUGCCAUGAGCAUGACCAAGAAUCCUUGGCGGCUUUGUUCAUUGAACCAAGUGGAAGAAGUUAAGCUUGUACUUUGCCUCAUCCCCAUAUGGCUGAGUGGCUUGAUGUUCUUUGUUGUGGUAGCUCAAUUACAAACCUUUUUCGUCAAGCAAGGCAGCACAAUGAUCAGAUCAAUGGGAUCCAAUUUCCAAGUUCCUGCAGCAGCUAUGCAAUGCAUUGUAGGUCUCACAGUUCUCAUUGCAGUCCCAAUCUAUGAUCGGGUUUUUGUCCCUAUAGCUCAAAAAAUAUCUGGACAUCGGACAGGAAUAACAAUGCUACAAAGGAUAGGAAUCGGUUUGCUUGUCUCUAUACUUAACAUGGUUGUUGCAGGCUUAAUAGAGACCAAAAGGAUCAACACUGCAAAAAACUAUGGCCUUGUUGACAGCCCGAAAAUUGUAGUGCCAAUGAGCAUUUGGUGGUUACUUCCGCAAUACGUGCUCAUUGGAAUUGGAGAUGUGUUUACCAUUGUUGGAUUACAAGAAUUGUUCUAUGAUCAAAUGCCUGAAGGAAUGAGAAGCUUAGGAGCUGCUGUUUUUGUAAGUAUAGUGGGAGUUGCGAGCUUUAUCAACAAUGCUAUCAUUGCUAUUCUGCAAAAGAUUACCUCAAGGAAUGAACAUGUAUGGUUGGGCAAUAAUUUUAAUCGUGCACACCUUAACUACUUCUAUUGGGUGUUGGCAGGGUUGAAUGCUGUGAAUUUUUGUGUUUAUCUGUGGAUUGCUAAUAGGUUUGUAUACAAAAGGAUUGGAAGUGAUGAAACAAGAGACGAGACAGAGUUGGAAAAUGGGGGCUACUCCAAUUAA